GCUAUGUCAUCAGCACUACGUCCCCUUGUCCCCGUUCUUGGUGUCUGCCAGUGAUGCGCUGCUUCUGAGCGUCUCAGUGAAUCGUGUCUCUGAUAUGUUACACACUUCAUAUCUGUUGCUCGCUUGAUAUCUGUUACAAUUCCGUUGCGGAUCUAUGCGCCUCUUGGGCCCUGUUUUGUGCCUAACCUGAGUCUCCUCUCCCCACGCAUCCAACAUCUCCACUCGCCAUCAGGACGGUGACUUGGCAGAAAGCACCAUGGCAUCGCCUGCCAUCCAGCCGAGCAAGCCUUCAGGCCUGGUGGAUCCUCGCCAGUCAGGAGACUAUCCCAUCAUCCUCGGGGAUAGCCUGAAGGCAGAUGCGAAGGCACAGGACUUGUUUCUGAAUAUCCGGUAUAACUGGCAACCCAAAUCCGGCUUCGGCGCCCGUGAGAGUCGACUGAAAAAGGCUGGUGACCGAUAUCAUCUUGACGUAUCGAGUGGCGAUUCCGCCGAAUACCAGUAUGUCGGCAGGUCGCAUUCAGAACCGUCGGGAGCAUCCGGGGACCGGUCGAGAUCUCUGGCUCUUGUCUUCGACCGGACCAAGUCCGCCUUCGUCCUGGAAGCCAUCUCGGCAUCUUUGGAUAUGAACCUGAAAGCGGCGCCGGGUAUGUCGCCCAAGGACGCUCGGGAGUUGCCUCAACUGCCCGGCCACCCUCCAUCGUCGACCAAACCGCCAGCGGCAAACGGAAAUCCAGUGCCCUCUUCAGAUGACGAGACCCCGGAUCCGGACAACCCCUAUGACUUCCGACAUUUCCUCGCCGAAGCCCGCGAAACCCUAGAAAAGUCAACAACCGUGCCGGGUAACCGUACGCCUGCCCCAGGCAGCCGCACUCCACUGAGUGGGACAUCCACGCCUGUCCCUCCAGGAAAUAGAUUUCUCCCUACCACACCACAGUCCCGACCAACCUCAGUGCCAGCUGCCUCGAAAGCAACUCAACAGAGGAAGAAAAAGGCCGAGGACCUAUCUCGAGGGCCAAGUCGUGCACCGGCCACCAAGGUCUCUACUAAACGAGACGUUGCCAAAUCUACCCAACCACUCAGCAAAGCCCGCAUUUCCGACUCUGACGAGGACGAUGAAUCCGUCGACGCGACCCGAGCAGCUCCAUCUAAGCCUGCCGGCGCCGCCAUGAGCAGACCCAAACAGCCAAAGGCUGGGAAAGGCCACACCCGGAAUGUCUCGGACAACAUCGGCAGCUCACCCCAUAUCAUCAUUAACGACGACGAUGGCGAUUUGGAAAUCGACAUGGGGAGCCCGCCCCCCGACAACGGACGAAUCCGACGUGGGAGAGUGGAUCCGGAGAUGUUCCGCAGCCACACCGCGACCCCAAUUGGUGGUUUGAGUUCAAAUAUUGGCCGGUCUUCUUCAAGGCCCGUUUCUAAACUGCCCGGGGAGGAGCCCGCCCGGGGAGGUCCUAGCAGAGAUAGGGACCGAGAUCAGGAUGUGACGAUGAAAGACAUCGAGGCUGCCUCAUCCCCGGACGAAGACGAAGACGUGGAGGAAUUCGAGCUGGGAAGUCCCCGGGAGAAAAGCCUUUCGGUGCCGACCAGAGGCGAUGUCUCGAGGGAGCAGGAUGACGAGUCGGAAGAUGAUGGCGGCGGCAGCCAAGGCCGAGGUCGUCGGCCGCCACAUCAGCAACAGCCGCAGAUCGACCAGGCCCCGCCAACACCUCCCGAGCCAAUCCCUUCACACGACGAUGACGAUGAAGACGACCUCGAAGCCGCGCUGGAGGCGGCCUUGGAAGAAGAGGACGAGAACGAGAAUAGAGGUAUAGGCUUGGGCAUUGGGAUGUCGAGCGCAAAUAUUCCAGAUGAUGAGAGCGAGGUCAGUGAAGAGGAGUAACCAAUACGGAGACGUCAUGGGAGCUUCGACGAAAUAGAAAGGCGAUGACUUGAUAUAUGUGACAUGUGACGGGCGGUUUAUAUCCAAUCCACUAGUGAUGGGAACAAUCUGGUGUGUGUUGAGGGAAUCAAUUGAAAUCUACAUUUUCUUCGCAGCGCUUCGCAUAACUUGAGUUUAUCCCACCGACAGAAGGAAAGCC